AUGACCACGCCGCGAAAUGAUCCAUUUGCACGGGCCCCGUCUAAAGCCGAGCUACUGGAGAUUAUAUGGCAAUGCCUUCCACAUUUGCCAAAUCUUAACUGUGUACUUGAUGGAGUAGAUGAGUGCACUGAAAAUGAAGCUCUAGCAAGACAGGUAGCGGAAUGGUGCAGCGGCUCGCCACUUAAAGCGGUUCUUUUCAGCAGACCCAACAUCCAAAUCCUUCGCAGAUCAGUUCGACCAGAGAGUCAAGUACAACUGGCCAGCGACGUCCUUGGAAAUGACAUACGGUUGUAUGCUGAGCUCGCUGUCAACGAGCUCUUUGAACAGGGGCUACUACCGGAGGACAUGGACAAGAGCAAUAUCAUAUCACAUCUAACUCAAAGAGCAGAAGGCAUGUUUUUGUGGGUCCGCCUUAUGGUUUCAUACCUGAACUCACCCGGGAUGACUCGGUCAGAAAGACGUUCGGCCAUCAUGGAACAUGCAUGUGAGGGCUUAGAUGGCCUCAACAGCAUUCUGGAUCUCGCUCGUUGGGCUCCCACGUGGACCGUCUAUGCUCGUUUGUCGUCGGAGCUGAAGGAGGCUCUGUACCCCGAUGAUGGGUGGGACUUGGAAGACCACAACAUGCAGCGGCUUGAUCAUGCGCUGAUAGUUGUUUGCUGUGGUCUACUUGAGAAGAGCACCAAUGACCGCUUUCAGUUCAUUCAUCUGACAGCCCUUGACUUCGCACAGCGCGCUUCAACCCACACAAAGCUCCAACUCGCUUGGAACCCAAAGACCAGUUUUACCACUCGCUACUCUUAUCAAAUAUUUUGGAGCGGAGACUCACGCUAUAUAGCGUUUAUGGAUACCGGGAUUCGAAGCCGUAUAUUCCUUGGGAUAUACUCGAAGGGCCCACUCAAUGAACCGGUCAAACUUGUCAAUUCUGGCACGAUGCCUGUGCCCAUUGACGUAAUCCCAAGUAGCUGCGCCUUUCAUCCAACAGUACCGCUGUUCUUGUAUCAAAGCGACAAUUCUAUUUUUCUUUGGAAAUUUGGUCAAGUCGGAUCAAUAUCCAUUCACUUCCACAAACUUCCGGUAUGGCGAGAUAUUCCUGGAUACUGUCCGCCAAAGGAAGCAAGCAUCUGCUUCUCAUCUUGUGAGACAUCUAUUGCCAUCACCCAUCAUGGAAGAGCCUGGCCCGAACUGAUGGAAGUCCCCGCUGAACUGCUUGGUCGGCAUGAUAGUCUGGGCAAGAGACCUCUCAGUGACGAAUACAACGAACCAACAACGAGUAAAAGAUUGAGGUCAGCAAAUACUGGCCACACAGAGAUUACUAUGACUUUUUCAAAGCUCCCUACUGCCAUCUCCACUGCCGUCGGUCUACAUCAGGACGCCGCAGCUGGGGGCAGCGCAACAAUGCUGCAGAACAAUGGUACUCAAGAGCUUACAAUUUUAAAUGGGGACGCUGAGCUCACGCGCAAGAUUUCGGUUGCCAGGCUCCCCGAAUACAUCUCGAUGAGGUCCACAUCAUCUGAACCCAAGUACCCAUGCAGACUGAUGGUUACGUCCAAGCCGGAGGGAGUCUACUGCAGUGGCGAGACUGCCGCGGCGACCCAUUUACCCUUGGUGGUUAGGAAGGAUAUUAGGGCACUCAAAGUUAAAAAAUAUCCGGUUCGAUUGAGGGAUUCUACACAUGGCAGCGAUCAAAACUCAGACGGCUAG